GUGUGGGACUGGUGAAUGGGAAUCUCCAGCUCUAGUUCUGUUUGCUUUGAAUUGAAUGGAGGGAGACUCGCUCCAAGGCGGUUGGAUGGCCCUCCCGUGUGUGGCUGUAUCUUACCCUGCUUUUUGUUUCCUCGUGUGCCCCCAGAGAUCCGCACGCAGCUGGUGGAGCAGUUCAAAUGCCUGGAGCAGCAGUCGGAGUCACGCCUGCAGCUGCUGCAGGACCUGCAGGAGUUCUUCCGCAGGAAGGCCGAGAUCGAGCUGGAGUACUCCCGCAGCCUGGAGAAGCUGGCCGAGCGCUUCUCCUCCAAGAUCCGCGGCUCCCGUGAGCACCAGUUCAAGAAGGAUCAGCACCUCCUCUCCCCAGUGAACUGCUGGUACCUGGUGCUGACGCAGACCCGUCGAGAGAGCAGGGAUCACGCUACCCUGAACGACAUCUUCACAAACAAUGUCAUCGUGCGGCUGUCGCAGAUCAGCGAGGAUGUCAUCAGGCUCUUCAAGAAGAGUAAGGAAAUUGGCUUACAGAUGCAUGAAGAACUCCUGAAAGUCACCAACGAGCUGUACACGGUGAUGAAGACCUACCACAUGUAUCAUGCAGAAAGCAUCAGUGCUGAGAGCAAGCUGAAGGAGGCAGAGAAGCAGGAGGAAAAGCAGUUCAACAAGUCAGGGGAUGUCAGCGUGAACCUUCUGCGGCACGAGGAGAGGCCACAGCGGCGGAGCUCCGUCAAGAAGAUUGAGAAGAUGAAGGAGAAGAGACAAGCCAAAUACUCUGAAAACAAGCUGAAGUGUACUAAAGCCAGGAAUGACUACCUGCUGAACCUGGCAGCCACCAACGCAGCUGUCAGUAAAUACUAUAUCCACGAUGUCUCUGACCUCAUUGAUUGCUGUGACCUGGGGUUCCAUGCCAGCCUUGCACGGACCUUCCGGACGUACCUGUCUGCUGAAUACAACCUGGAGACCUCCCGCCAUGAGGGCCUGGACAUCAUUGAGAAUGCUGUGGACAACCUGGAUGCGCGGAGCGACAAGCACACCAUCAUGGACAUGUGCAAUCAAGUCUUCUGCCCUCCAUUGAAGUUCGAGUUCCAGCCCCACAUGGGGGAUGAGGUGUGCCAAGUCAGUGCCCAGCAGCCUGUGCAGACCGAGCUGCUAAUGCGGUACCACCAGCUGCAGUCCCGCCUGGCCACCCUUAAGAUAGAGAAUGAAGAGGUACGAAAAACUCUGGAUGCCACAAUGCAGACUUUGCAGGACAUGCUGACAGUGGAAGAUUUUGAUGUUUCAGAUGCCUUCCAGCACAGUCGCUCCACUGAGUCGGUCAAAUCAGCUGCUUCAGAGACCUACAUGAGCAAAAUAAACAUCGCCAAGAGGAGAGCCAACCAACAGGAGACUGAGAUGUUCUAUUUUACAAAAUUUAAAGAGUAUUUGAAUGGCAGUAACCUUAUCACAAAGCUCCAGGCUAAGCACGACUUGCUGAAGCAGACUCUUGGGGAAGGCGAAAGAGCCGAAUGUGGAACAACCAGGCCCCCAUGUCUUCCCCCUAAGCCACAGAAAAUGAGGAGACCUAGGCCUCUCUCAGUCUAUAAUCAUAAACUCUUUAACGGCAAUAUGGAAACGUUCAUUAAGGUACUCGCUGGCUGACAGUAAGAGCUGAUGAACGCUGUGAAUGUAAUGGCGGCUUUCCUGUCCUGUCUGCCCACUGCUUUCCUGCCCCGCACCCAGCCGAGCGGCCGCAGCCUGUCGCAGUGCCGGCUCCCUCCGCAGCCGCCCCACAGCUCUGUGCAGGAGGCCGUGGCAGCGCCGUGCUGAGCUCCCACCUCGUGCCGCGGCUCCCUGCUGUGGAGCGAGGAGCAGCAGGGCAGCACGCACUGCCUGGCUCUGCUGGGCCCUGUGGAGCGUGGCACGGCGGGGUCAGGGCUUUUUUUCUUCGUGCGAUGUAAUAGAUUUGAGGUGGGGAAACUACUGAGGAGUAUACAAGAUUUUCAAGGUGGAUUUCCCUGGAAUGUGCUGAUUAGAAACCUUAAUGACGUACUCCCUUAUUUUCUCCAUUUUCCUCCAUAUUUGGUGUUCUUGCCUUAGGGCAGAAGCAGCAGACAGACCUGAGAUGAAAUACUGUGCACUGGGAGGGUAGAUGCACCAUCCUGACCCUUUAGGAAAAGAAACGUGCUGAGCAGCUCAAUUGGUGCGUCUCAGCACGACUGCUGGCAGCCAAGCAGAGAAGCAGUUGGUUUGGGCAGAGGCUGGGCUUGGCCCACAGCACACAUCCUGCUGUCCAGCUGUCCAGGGUUUUGUAUUUAGAGUGAUUUUUAAAAG